AUGACGAAAGAGCCAUGGCUGGCGGGAUUGGAUGAGGACUGGGUAUCGCAACCGUCAUCGCCAUGCUCACUACGCCAUUCGCCCACCCUGCCAACAAGUGGCCAUCAACACUCCGCGCGCAAAUGCAUUGGAUGUUCUGAGCGAAGCCGAAUACCGAAACCUCCCCCAGCUGCGUCGCCAAAGGUCAGAGGGAAAAUCACACCCAGGGCCGCUAGGCAAAGCCAGAUAAGACGAGGCGGCAGUACGACUCCUAUAAGUACACGGACAUCGCCUUCGCCGCGUCAAACUCCAUCACCACGAACUGCACGAACUUCGAUUAGUCCUUCCAAGCCUUCACCCAAAUCAAAUGGAAAGCAACCGACGCCCGCUCGAAAGAAACCAUCAUCUACACCUUUGAAAAAUGUGAUGUCAGUCAAAUCGACGAGUUCCAUAGCUUCAGUUCGCACCGAGGACCAGGGAACGAUUCAAAUCCGAGCUAGCAAAGAGGAUACGCAGGAGACCCCGGAAUGGAAACGACGCCUAGUUCGCGGAGAGAUGUCUGCCGACGAACAAUGUGAUCUCUUUGCACCCAUAGGAUUAGAAAAUAUCUUCAGACAACCUACAACAGCCGCCACUACCGACGCUCGGUCGUCAUUGACAGUUGUUAACCAUCCUAGCAACGAGGCCAAAGCUCAAGUAGUAGGCACUAUGGCGCAGAAGAGUGUUCAACACAGAGUGUCCUUCAAACAUGAUCACGAAAAGGGAAAUCAUCAAGAGCAAUCCACACACCUCAAUGUUCAUAUGACGUCUUCGAAACACGCCAAAUUCGGCUUAGACGGUGUCGUUGAUACAGACAUACGUUUGCGUUCGGCCAGCGGAGAGGAGGAACUUCGCAACGAAGAUCUAACGCCUAUUUUCUUAUCAGCAAGCAAUAACACUGUCGACCGUCGGACUGGCUCUGGCAUUCUUCAGUCUGCUUUAAGGCAACUCAACGGUAUAUCAGAUAGCCCUGAAAAUGAUGGCAUGAAAGAACACCAAGGAAACGGCGAAGUGUCAUCCUUCCAGCCGAAUGAACUUCUUGGUGUCAGCAGUCCCUUCAUGCCCGAAGAUCUCUCGACAGGCACAGAAGAAGAGGCAAUGCAGACUCAGCCGUUCGUCACUUUCGAGCGAGGCGGUUACUCCGAAGGUUCCUUCCGUCUGCAGCAGCUCAGCCCAUCGUCCUUCCCAUCCCACCUCCAGUCUUCGGUUCUUACAGAUUCCAAAAUUCGCAGUUCGCCUCCAGCUUCUAAUCAAGACGACAUCCCUCAGUCCCCUCAAAAUAGUAUUGCAGUACCUGCUAUCACAUUUUCUCCGACGGGAGGGCCUGAUUCAGAGAGGCCGCAAACUGCUAACAUGAGCAGCCCAUUGAAGUUAUUCGGCAAUCAUGACACAUUUACGAAUAAGAAACUCCUACGGCGCAUGAGCCAAUUUGAGGAGACGUAUCAAGACAUAUCUGAAGACGAUGAACCUGCUUCGCCGUCCUUGGUUGCAAGGAGGAUGCGGACAGCCAAACGCAGUUUACCAAAUCUUAGGCGGGGGCAAUCUCAAUCACACAGGGCCAGUGCGCGUCCUGUUACUCAGGAUGCAGUUGAUCCUCGCAUGAACCGCUUCGGUUAUGGCCAGUUAGACGAGUUUGGUUUUGCCAACCGACUUAUUGAACCUUCCACUAUUCCAAGCCUAUCUUUCGAACACACAGAUCUCCAUGAACAUCAACAAGGGCGAAGAUUAUUAUCUCAAAACGUGCGGAAUGAAAAUUUACGGAAAGCUAAAAGUUUCGAUGAUCUACCUGAGAACAAGUCAUCAAUCAGAGCUUUGCAGAGGAGGAUCUCUCGCCGCUCUGGCAGUCGCCAGUCUAGUUUGGGCAUUUACUAUCAAUCGAAUGCGAAUGUGAGGCGUGUAACCCACAUGUCAAGCAGAACUACAGCUCCAAAGCGACGACGGACCAUACAACAAACCGAAGAGCAAGCUUUAGACGCAACUGAGUUGAUUGAUUCAAUAUUAAAUCUAAGCCUCGAAGACAGGGCGACGAGACAUCAGUCUCAAACAAGUGAUCAUCUUUCACAUGCGAUACAAGGCGCUCAAAAUUCAGAGCAGACGCGAAAUCGAUGGAAUAGAGUUACAUCAGAGAAUGCCCUUUCAAUUUCUGAUGAAUCUAAAGAGGAUGUCUUAGGCCUGGAUGGUCAUAAGCGCUCUUUGACCACUCAAGAUUUCCUUGACGAAGCCACCAAAGUCAUGAGUAUAAUUCGAGCAAAGAGUAAAUACAAGAAUGGGUUAGCUAGCGUGGAGGAAUCGGACGUCACAGGGCUUGAUGAGGAGGAGGACGAACGGUUAACUGAUGUAUCCAGUCGAGAAAAUCUUUCACGACCCCCGAGCCGUGAAGGCGUGGACAUGCGAAAAUUUAGAGAGCCUCGUCCACUGCACCCACGUGUUGUCAGUCAUCUGAAAAAGUUCGCUGAUAAAGAGGACACGGAACAACUCAUGGCAUCGGUUAUGUCGGACCUGUGUAAGGAACAACACUCUGUUACUUGUGAAAGAACAGACUACUCGAAGCUUAGCGGAGAGACAAUGAGCAGCCUACAGAACGUGCGAAUCUUGCCACGGCGAAAGCGUAAACACUCUGAUGAUGAUCCUCCAAUGCAUUCAAUCCCAACGAUUUCAUCCAACGGCUCAAAUACCAAAGGGGUGAUUGCUUCUGAUAUGGUUUCACAUCUCAUUCCAGAACAUGUUAACGGCAUGAAUUACGAUAAGGCAAACAAAUCUUGGGUCAAGCAAAGAAUAGGCCGUGCAGCUGGGGUAAUUCGAAGCGAAGAUAGCGAGGAUGAUCCAUUUGGCAGCAUCCCGGACUUGAGUGUUGAUGAACUCGAAGAGAUCAAAAGAGUCCAAGAAUCCGCUUCUCCCAGCAAGAGCAUCGAAGAAGUGAAUAAUCGACAAAUCGUAAGAGCAAAUCCUGAGGAAGAAACCGCAUUUGCAGGAGCUCAGCGACCUGCUACACGGGAUGGUGCUCCUUUCGUUCCUGAUUCUAGCUCUGUGCAAUCCAAGACGACACGGUUCACUUCCAGUGGCCCACAGCCAGAAACUCGGGCUACAUCCUGGGGAACCGAGGAUAUGACUGUUAAUAUCAAUCAAAUUUCAAGCCCGAACUCAACAAAGCCCAAGAUUCGGACGACACUCCAACAGGGUCAUAUAGGCGUACAGUCGAAGCAACCCAAGGGAUCUGGUGCGAAGAGAGUUUCUACAAUCAGCUUCUCUUCUCCGCUAGUAUCGCAUAUUUCAUAUGCUGAUGAUAUUGAAUACGCCAAGACAACAGGGAUGAGCGCGGAUGAACAACACGGCGAGCACCAGGUCGAUAGCAAGAGUGUUACUGUUGCUCCAUCCCGGCGAACCUCAUUUGAUGGAAGACCGUUUAUAGGCCGUCCCAUAUCACGCAUAGACGAGCAAAAUGAAGAUAGUGUCGUCGAAAUGAGAUUGGAUCGCCGAAAUUCAACGGGGCAGCUCGCCUCCACGCCGCCAUCGCACCUCCUGGAGAAAUCCAUAGUCUAUCCAUCAUCUGCCGGAGGCGAUAACUAUAGUUUCUAUCUCAGCCCACUUGCCGAUUUCACAGUCAAUCAGACAGAUGAUCCUAAGCAUCCUGAGCUCAGUUACGUUGCCCAGCGUGCUCAUCCCACUGCGUUACGCCAAAUACAUGGGACAUUUUCACUGGCUACUGAAGAUCUCAUCAGACACAUCACUGAUGUAGAGCCGACCGAAAUUUAUUGGGAACAUCUACGUCGACUGUCCCUGAGGGACAAAGGCAUCAUUACGCUUCACUGCCUGGACAAAUUUUGCCCGCGCUUAGAAGGUUUGGAUGUCUCGGAGAAUGAACUGGGACAGCUUGAUGGCGCCCCCUCAACACUCCGCGACCUACGAGUGCAGCAUAAUUGCCUUACGAAUAUGACGGCAUGGGGCCAUCUCAUCAACCUUCAGUAUCUGGAUGUCUCUGGCAAUCAGCUUGAGUCUUUGGAUGGCUUCUCGGGGAUACGCAACAUUAAGGGAAUAUUCGGCCUCAACGGUCUUUUGCGUCUGGAGCUGAAGCACAACAACUUGACUACGGUAGAUUUCGAAGGUUCAGAAUUGACCCGUUUAGGUGAAAUUGACUUCAGUAGCAACCAGAUCAAUGCGAUUCAACAUCUUGAAUAUCUCCCGGCUAUGGAGACGUUAGAUGUAAGCGCAAAUCAGCUAAGAGAACUUCAAACGCCUGAACCAUUACGAAGUCUGCGUACCCUGAAAGCGUCCAGUAACCGUUUGUCCGCUUUUGAUGCAUCACAUUAUCCAAAAUUGCAGCUCCUUUAUCUUGAUAAUAACUAUCUGACCACGGUUUUUGGGUUGUCUGGAUGCAGCGGGAUUGAAGUUUUCUCGGUACGAGAGCAGUUCGCUGGACAAUCACCGGAAUUGGGGGCUUCUCUGGAUAUCGAUCUCGGUUCUCUGAAUGAUACUCGCAAGAUCUUUCUAUCUUCUAAUCGGCUUUCCGAACGAACUUUAGCCCCAUCUGUUCCAUUGUUAGCUUUGCAGCUACUCGAUAUUGCCUCUUGCGGGAUUCAGAGACUACCCAACAACUUUGAUAAAAAAUUUCCCAAUCUCCGUGUUCUCAAUUUGAACUCCAAUUGCGUCAGCGACCUUGGAGGAAUUGUGAAUAUGAAAGGUUUGAGCCGAUUGACAGUGGCUGGGAACCGAAUCAACAGACUGCGAACGCUCUGCCAGGUUGUCGCAAGAGUUGGUCGAUCGAGUCAGCACGGCUACAGUUCCCUAAAGACCAUUGAUCUUCGAAACAACCCCCUCACAGUUGGAUUCUAUCCGCCCCAGGUUUCUGGAAGCGGGCGUGCUGAUUCGCAUCUGAAAAUGAUAGAAGACAAGCUUCAGCGAGCGCAGAAGCGCCAACGCCGAAUCGAAACUGGUGUUGAUCUCAUAGCAACAACAUCUGAGGAAACAGAAGAUCACGCAGUCAUUGGAUUCGCAAGUAAAGUGCAUGGUGGAGGAAGAGCUGGAGAAGUGGAAAUUGAUGACCCCUAUACUCUUCCUCCGGCAGAUGCAGAGACGGAUCGGAAAUAUCGAUCACGUUUGGACGCGUCAACCAAAACAAAGCGUAUAACGGCGGAAGUUAUGCUGUAUGCCGGAACCGGGGGUUCGCUAAGAGUACUGAAUGGCCUGGACCUGAGGCCGGUUUUGGAGGAUGAGCGAGCAGAGGUGGAUCGAAUCUGGGACAAACUGGAGCAGUUGGGUGUUUUCACGAAAAGAAACACCCGCGCACUGUGCCAAUAA